UAAAAAUUGCCAGUAUUUCGUAGCCAACUGAUAUCAUGGAUUGCAUAUCAGCUCCUGCAUAGCUAUUGAUGAAGCUGACACUCUGCUUUUGCUGAGAUAAGUGUGGGUGGAAUGGCGUGAUGUUUUGUAAGUCGAAAUGGUAGACACGAGCUUCUCGCCGUCUGUAUAAGAGUCGCCAUUACAUGUCACUACCUAGGUAAUUGAUAUUUUCUACCUCUUUCCUAUAACCUCUAGAUACUCUUUAGACGAAAACACAACUGCGUAUUCUGAAGCCUAUCUUUCAAUUAGUCACUACCUACGCCACCUGAAAGUUCUGGAUUCGAUCAUGGCCGUAGACAGUCAAACGAUAACGAAGCAGAUCCUAGAUCUCAAAUCGCUUCUCAAUGGUAUGAAUGAUGACGAGGACAAUAAAAAUAAGUUCAAGGACAAGCUGGACUCGUUGGCACAGGCCUAUAUCAACUCUCACAUAGAUGAUUACUUUCACGAAACCCUCUUGCAUAUUGCAGCUCGGCAAGGCCAUGUAUGGGCGGCUAAAACUCUCCUCGGAGCAGGAGCGUCUGUCUCAGGGCAGGAUUACAUGAAAUGCCAGCCAUUGCACAGAGCCUGCGAGAUAGGCAAUCGUCCACUGGCGCAAAAGUCGACGUAAAAGAAAGCAAUGGAUGAACUCCAUUAAUGGCAGCGACGAAAGGGGAAGAGCUAAUUAGCAUGAAUAUGUUACUAGACGAGCAUGGAUACG